UUCUUUUUUCGGGAUUACUUUUCAUCUUUCUUUCUUUGAUAUUAUAUUUUUUUCUCUACCUUAUUCGUAUUCCUUAUCUUCACUACCAACUAUCGAACACGUAGGGAUAAAAAUCUCCUGUUAGAAGAGGAAGAAAGAAGAAAAGUAUUUGUCGUCAUGGCGCAUCGAAGCGAAUCCUUCAAAGGACUCUGUCUAUUGUGGUGUGUCUUGGGCAACGUGUUCAGUGUUCCAACUCCAACACCCUCACCCUUAAAAUCGGAAGACGUAAGAUACACGACACGUAGGAUACCAAAAACUAUAGUCGAUUUACCUACCCAAAGAAGCAGAUCACCGAUUUAUUUACAUGCGUUGAACCCGAUGAAUUUGGAGAUAAGUACAUCAUCGACUACGUCAAUGCCAAUGACGACACACCAUAGAUCCAUUUCCGGAGAGAAUCCAAUUUAUCGUCUGAAUGGUGCUAAUGGACAAGCUUGCAUACUUUUGCAAACAGAUGCCGUUAUUGCAAUCAAAUAUCGCACCAUUUUGGGAGAAGAUAGAGUGGCAGAUUUAUUUGUUCCCGACGAUGCAACGGUCAACGGAAAUUGUGAUAAUGAAAAUACAGUAACAAUGUCCUUGAAAUGGGAUGCAUUUGUACUCUUCUGGAGUUUUGCCAAGACACCAGGUGGUGAAAGAUGGUACGUUGAGAAAAUCGAAUUGACCUAUAAUUCGAGCGACCGACAUUUCGAGCACGUAGAUCAACCACAUAAAACUGUAAGAUUGAGCACUGGUUCGAAACACAGUGCAAUGCUUUUUCCAACACCCGUUGGAAAAUCUUACGCUUGUGACAAUGAAACUGAAAUUCAUUUAACCGACGGCAAAAAUACUGCCAGUGUUAUACUCAGAAAUAUGAAGUUGCAACCAUUCAAAUUUAAGAACAACGAAUUCGCGGCAGAAUUCUCCUGUGCAUCGUUAAGUGCACGAGCUAACAGAGACGAAACUGCACCAGUUGCAGUUGGUUCAACAUUAGCUGCAGCUGUCCUCCUUACCAUCACUGGUUAUGCAGUUUAUCGAUACUUCAAAGUGAAGAAGGUCAAGUACGAUACUAUGGAAUAAAACUAAAACGUCCUUCCCUCUUUUAGUCUCUCUCUCUCUCUCUCUCUCUCUCUUAUCAAGGACACUGUCACGUACGAUGCCAAAGAGAUAAAAAAAAAAAAAAAAAAAAAAAACAAAAAUGAAAACCAA